AUGAUGAAAGGCUCAAAGUGUUCUUACCUUCUAGCAUUAAUUUCCAUUUUUUCCUUAAUUUCUUUCCCAGCCUCCAUUCAUGCAAGUCCUCAUGAUUUUCUCUAUUGUCUUUCCAGCAAGCUGAGAAAUGCCACCUCUCAGGUUGUCUACACUCCGAACAACCCUUCAUUCUUGCCCAUCCUCAAUUUCUCCGCCCAGAAUUUCCGGUUCACGACGCCGGAAACCCCAAAACCGGUAGUCAUCAUCACACCUUUACGUGAAUCCCACGUCCAAGCCGCCGUGAUUUGCAGCCGGAAGUAUAACAUUCAGCUGAGGGCCCGAAGCGGCGGCCAUGAUUUCGAGGGGCUUUCGUAUGUUUCCAGCCUCCCGUUUGCCGUUCUUGACUUGAUCAAGUUCCGGUCGAUCGACGUUAACGUUGAGAAGAAGUGGGCGUGGGUCCAAACCGGAGCACAGCUAGGUGAAGUGUACUAUGCCAUUGCUAAUAAGAGCAACACUUUGGGUUUUCCGGCCGGGUUUUGUCCCACGGUGGGCACCGGCGGCCAUAUCAGCGGCGGCGGGUACGGGGCGAUGGUGCGAAAAUAUGGAUUGGCGGCGGACCACGUCAUCGACGCCCGAAUCGUGGACGUUAACGGGCGAAUCUUAAACCGGAAAUCCAUGGGGGAGGAUCUCUUCUGGGCUAUCAGAGGCGGCGGCGGCGCAAACUUCGGCGUGAUACUCGCCUGGAAACUGGAACUUGUUCCCGUGCCUGAAACCGUCACGGUAUUCACCAUUCCCAGAACGCUGGAACAAAACUUAACUAAUCUAAUCUAUAAAUGGCAGCUUUUCGCCAACAAGGCCGACAAAAACCUCCUCAUCAGAAUCUUGAUCGGAAACGCGAACAACACGAAUCAAACGGGGAGAACAGUACGGGGUUUGUUCAGUGCACUAUACCUCGGAAGAUCCGAAACCUUGCUAGCCACGAUGCAGAAAGGGUUUCCAGAAUUAGGCGUGACGAAAUCCGACUUAACGGAGAUGAGUUGGAUAAAGUCGGUGGCGUAUCACUACGAUAACGGCCCCGUCGAGAGCCUACUCAACCGGUCAUACCAGUACAAACGGAGCUACAAGAUCAAGGCCGACUACGCCAAACGGCCGUUUACCAAACAAGUUUUCGAAGGGAUAUGGAAACUGUUUAAAGAAGAGGACGACAUUAAUGCGCCGCAAAUGCAGUUAACUCCGUACGGAGGGAGAAUGGAUGAGAUUCCGCCGUCAGAAACGCCUUAUCCACACAGGGCAGGGAACCUAUUUUUCCUCGAAUACAACGUUGGAUGGGUCGAAGGCGGCCAAGUGGCUGCUCAGAAGCAUCUGUCAUGGAUUCGGAAGCUUUACGCUUACUUGGCUCCCUAUGUUUCGAAGAAUCCCAGAGAAGCGUACGUGAAUUACAGGGAUCUUGACCUGGGACAAAACAAUUUGGUGGGGAAAACCAGCCUGGCUCAGGCAAGUGCUUGGGGGUACAAAUAUUUCUUGAAUAACUUCUAUAGGCUUGCGAGAGUGAAGGCUUUGGUAGAUCCAAAUAACUUCUUUAGGGAUGAACAGAGCAUUCCAGUUUCAUCUCCAGUUUGAUAGCAGAAAUUUAUGUUGUUUGCAUUGGAAACUCUAAUCUGAGGUUAAUUUGUGUUUGGAUUAAUUCUACCGGUAGCCUGCAUGCGCCAUGCUGCAUGCUUAUUGGUAUAAAGUAUCUGUCAACCUUUAUCAUU